AUGCUGGCUCGCAAAGACUUCCGCCAGGGCAUCGCCGCCCUCCUCGCCAUCUGCAUCGUCGUCUUCUACAUUCUCGUUCUCGUCGGCUGCAUCUCCACCUCGCCCGGUAUUCCCGGCCUCUACGUCGUCCGACUCGCCAACAACGCCUCCAAGGCCGAGGUCCACGUCGGCCUCUUUGGCCUCUGCGCCGGCACCGACCCCGCCAACCUGACCUGCUCCGGCACCGUCGCCCAGGCCAUCGCCGUCAACGCCUCCUCGCCCUCCACCAAGUUCUUCUUGCCCGGCACCGCCACCGUCGCGCCCAGCGCGCUCCAGCCCCUGCUCACCCUGGCGGCCGGCAUCCAGAGCGGCAGCACCGGCCCCGGCGGCGUCCUGGCCAUUGUCUACGUCCCGCUCUUCCUCAGCGCCCUCUGCUUUGUCGGCGCCGCCGGCAGCCUGCUAACCCACCGUCUCGCCUCCCGCGGCGCCGACUCGGCCGACCCGGCCGACUACGCCGACGAAAAGGAGUUCGUGCACACUCGCAACGCCUGGCAUGCGGCCGUCCUGCUGACCACGGGCGCCAUCAUGUCCGCCCUGGCCGCGGCCAUUGCCACCACCGUCGCGGUCCGGGCCCUCCUGUUUGCGGGCACGUCGCUGCCCGGCAGCGACAUCUCCAACGCCGCGACGGCCAUUGACGUCUCGGGCGGCAAGUCGAUCCAGGUGCUGGAGUGGCUGAUUGUCGUGCUGACCAUGCUGUGGCACCCGGUGCUCGAGUCUGUCUGGCGCCGGAUCCUGUGA